CUGAGGAAACAAAACUGAUCUGAGUCUCUGUGUCGUCUGUCUGUGUGAGAGUGAACAACCGUCCAAAUGGCUCAGCAGGGAGUUCUGCUGGACCAGGACCAGUUCUGUUGUUCUGUCUGUCUGGAGCUACUGAAGGAGCCGGUCACUACUGCCUGUGGACACAGUUACUGUAGGAGCUGUAUUGAGGACUGCUGGGAUCAGGAUGUUCUGAAAGGGGUCUAUAGCUGUCCUCAGUGCAGAGAGACCUUCACUCCAAGGCCUAAUCUGAGGAAAAAUAACAUGUUGGCUGAGAUGGUGGAGAAACUGAAGAAGACAGGACUCCAGGCUGCUCCCUCUCCUGCUCUGUGUUAUGCUGAACCUGGAGAUGUGGUGUGUGAUUUCUGCAUUGGGACCAGAAAGCAGAAAGCCCUCAUGUCCUGUCUGGCAUGUCUGGCCUCUUACUGUGAGACUCACCUCCAACCUCACUAUGAAUCUCCUGCUUUCAAGAAGCACAAGCUGGUCAAAGCCACCGCACAACUACAGGAGAAGAUCUGCUCUCAUCAUGACAAACUGCUGGAGGUUUACUGUCGUACCGAUCAGCAGUGUAUCUGUUAUCAGUGUGUGAUGGAUGAACAUAAAGGCCAUGAUGCAGUGUCAGCUGCAGCAGAGAGGACUGAGAAACAGAGGCAGCUGAGGAUGAGUCAGCAGAGAUUCCAAGAGAGAGAGAAGGAGCUCCAACAGGCUGUGGAGUCUUUCAAGCGUUCUGCACAGGCAGCAGUGGAGGACAGUGAUCAGAUCUUUACUGAGAUGAUCUGCUCCUUUGAGAGAAGGCGCUCUGAGGUGAAGGAGCUGAUCAGAGACCAAGAGAAGGCUCAAGUGAGUCAAGCUGAAGGACUCCUGGAGCAACUGAAGCAGGACAUAGCUGAGCUGAGAAAGAGAAGCACUGAGUUGGAGCAGCUCUCACACACAGAGGAUCACAUCCAUUUCCUCCAGAGUCAUCAGUCUCUCUCCAGUAUCAGUGUAUCUUCAGACUUACCCAGCAUUGUUGUCCAUCCUCUUCAGUACUAUGGAGAUGUGAGUAAGACUGUGUCUGAACUGAGAGAGAAACUAGAAGACUUCCUUAAAGGAGAAUGGACCAAGAUCUCGUCUACAGUGAAUAUAGUGGAUGUUGUACUGCCUCCAGAGCCCAAGACCAGAGAACAGUUGUUACAAUAUUCCUGUCAGCUCACACUGGACCCAAACACAGCAUACACACACCUCUCUCUGUCUAAAUGGAACAGAAAGGUGACCUAUAAACGCAAAAUCCAACCAUAUCCUGACCAUCCAGACAGAUUCACCAACCACUACCAGGUUUUGUGUAGAGAGGGUCUGUCUGGACGCUGUUACUGGGAGGUGGAGUGGAGUGGUUAUGUUAUUACAGCAGUCUCAUAUAAAGACAUCAGCAGAACAGAGACAGGUAAUAUAUUUGGACUCAAUAACAAGUCCUGGGGUUUACAGUGCUUUAGUGAUGGUUAUUGUUUCAGACACAAUAAUGUUGACACUAAAGUAUCAGGCCCUCAGUCCUCCAGAGUAGGAGUGUACCUGGAUCACAAGGCAGGUACUCUGUCCUUCUACAGUAUCUCUGACACAAUGACCCUCCUCCACAGAGUCCAGACCACAUUCACUCAGCCCCUCUAUCCUGGGUUUUGGCUACGUAGUUGUAAAAGUACUGCUGAGCUGGUUAAACUGUAGUAGGGUCCACAUAGAUACUAGUCAUGCUGGUGUAGUCUAUAGCUGAGCUGUUUAAACUGUAGUAGUGUCCACAUAGAUACUAGUUAUGUUGGUGUAGUCUAUAGCUGAGAUGGUUAAACUGUAGUAUGCUCCACACAGAUACUAGUCAUGCUGGUGUAGUCUAUAGCUGAGCUGGUUAAACUGUAGUAGGGUCCACAUAGAUACUAGUCAUGCUGGUGUAGUCUAUAGCUGAGCUGGUUAAACUGUAGUAGGGUCCACAUAGAUACUAGUCAUGCUGGUGUAGUCUAUAGCUGAGAUGGUUAAACUGUAGUAGGGUCCACAUAGAUACUAGUCAUGCUGGUGUAGUCUAUAGCUGAGCUUGUUAAACUGUAGUAGGGUCCAUAUAGAUACUAGUCAUGCUGGUGUAGUCUAUAGCUGAGCUGGUUAAACUGUAGUAGGGUCCACAUAGAUACUAGUCAUGCUGUAAUAGUCUAUAGCUGAGCUGGUUAAACUGUAGUAGGGUCCACAUAGAUACUAGUCAUGCUGGUGUAGUCUAUAGCUGAGCUGGUUAAACUGUAGUAGGGUCCACAUAGAUACUAGUCAUGCUGGUGUAGGCUAUAGCUGAGCUGGUUAAACUGUAGUAGGGUCCACAUAGAUACUAGUCAUGCUGGUGUAGUCUAUAGCUGAGAUGGUUAAACAGUAGUAGGGUCCACAUAGAUACUAGUCAUGCUGGUGUAGUCUAUAGCUGAGCUAGUUAAACUGUAGUAGGGUCCACAUAGAUACUAGUCAUGCUGGUGUAGUCUAUAGCUGAGCUGGUUAAACUGUAGUAGGGUCCACAUAGAUACUAGUCAUGCUGGUGUAGUCUAUAGCUGAGAUGGUUAAACAGUAGUAGGGUCCACAUAGAUACUAGUCAUGCUGGUGUAGUCUAUAGCUGAGCUAGUUAAACUGUAGUAGGGUCCACAUAGAUACUAGUCAUGCUGGUGUAGUCUAUAGCUGAGCUGGUUAAACUGUAGUAGGGUCCACAUAGAUACUAGUCAUGCUGGUGUAGUCUAUAGCUGAGCUGGUUAAACUGUAGUAGGGUCCACAUAGAUACUAGUCAUGCUGGUGGUGAUGGUCACCAGAUGUGAUGGUCUGUUUUUCUGUACAAUAAUUUGUCUGACUGUAUAGUUGAAUUAAAAUGUAAUAUACUUAUUUUUAUCAAAUACAAUGUUUUAAUCUUGUACAUUUCCAUGAAUCAUGAUGUGUGGUGUUGAUGUAUAUUGGUUGUCAUUCAGAACCAUUGAUAUGUUUUCUCAAUCUAUGUAAUUCUCAUCAGUGGCAUUGAACAGGUAGUAUCACUAUCUAACUAACUAAACUAUAUGAGACAGACACAGAUGAAUCCUAGUCCUGGACUAAAACGUAUGUUCAAUGUAGAUGUCCAGGAAACCAGCCCUAAAUGUGGAAUCUUUCAUCCUCCCAUACUGCUCAGUCCAGCAACAUUAAACCUGUCCAGCAGGUGGUGGUAUUGACCAAACAAUAUAACCAGCAGAUAUCUUGACUUGCCACUCAGUAUAUCAGUAAUGUUCAGAAUAGUACUUUAAUAUCAUUGGAGAUUGAUGGUCUUUUUAAUCCACUAUCCAGAGUCAGGAACAGAUGAAGUUAGGUCUGCUACUGUUCAGUGAUUAAAUAUGACUUAUGGUGAUGGGAAAUAAAAAAUACAACACUAAACUUAA